AUAGGAAAAAGGCAAUAUUUUUCUAUAUGGUAUCAGAGCAUUGAUCCCUAAUCUCUUUUUUUCAGAAACACUGACCUCGCCAUUACAAUGGGUGAGGAAAAUACUGCCGCUGCUGGUAAAGUUCCAGGCAAAGAAAGCCAAACCCAAGGCCUGCUUGUACUUGACUCCUCUUCGCCCUAUUUCCUCCAUUCCUCUGAUCAUCCAGGUUUAAACCUGGUUUCCAGCCCAUUAAAUGAGGCAAAUUACUCCACUUGGGUGAGAGCUAUGACUAAUGCUCUUCGGGCAAGGAAUAAAUUUUGCUUUGUUGAUGGAACCUUGUCUCGUCCGUCCAAUAGAUCUGCAGAUCUCAGUCACUGGGAAAAGUGCAACUCGUUGGUGAUCUCUUGGCUAUAUAACUCUCUUUCAACUGAAUUACAUGGGAGCGUGGCUUAUGCAGACACUGCUCGAGAGAUAUGGAUAGAUCUAAAGGAAAGAUUUUCUCAAGGGAACGCACCUAGAAUACAUGAAUUAAAGAGGGCCUUGGCUGUCACAUAUCAGGAGAAUCUCUCUGUAGCCGCUUACUAUACCAAACUCAAAGCCAUAUGGGAUGAACUUUAUUCAUACUCUCCAAUUCCGGAUUGCACUUGUGGAGCGGUUAAGGAUUUCUUGAAGGCAAGGGAGGAGGAAAAGGUACAUCAAUUUAUUCUUGGACUUAAUGAUAAUUUUAGUAGUGUUCGAUCUCAUAUUUUGCGUACAGAACCCCUCCCAAACAUUAGCAAAGCAUAUGCCUUAGUUACACGGGAAGAAAGAGAAAUUUCUCUUUGUGCCUCACGGCCAACAAAUGUAGAAGCUGCAGCUUUCAAUGUGAGAUCACAUCUAAAUCAUCGUGCAAAUCAGCUUGAUUCCAUGGGUUCAUCAUCAAAGCCUCGUGCAAAUCCAAAAUUAUGUGAUCAUUGUGGAAAGUCAGGCCAUACCAAAGAGACAUGUUACAAGUUGAUAGGAUACCCACCAAGAGAUGGACAACAGGACAAUAAUACAAGGAUCAAGAUGGACAGCAACCAGAAGGAUAGAAGGCGUAUUUUUCCAAGACAAGGGAAUUUCAAAGUCGUGAAUCAGGUCUCACAAGUACCCACAAAUGCUGCACCUAUGAUUUCUGGACUCACUCAAGAUCAAGUGAACCAACUGAUCUCAUUACUUGGUACUGAAAAGAAGCUCUCCUUAGAUGACUUUUCUGGACCUCACAACGAGGAAGCUGAUUGGGAUGGGUGAAAUGCGUAAUGGUCUUUAUUAUUUCAAGCCUUUGAAAGCAGUUUCUAUUUCAAAUGUAACUACCCCACCUUCGAUGGAGCUUUGGCACCAAAGAUUGGGGCAUCCUUCCUUUGAUAGACUUUCUUUACUAUCUAAUAAAGUCUCAUUUGAUUU